CUUACUAAAUACUGUAAUUGUCUCCCUCCAGGAUCACAUUGCUGAAGAUCUAUUCUCAAGAGAAGAGGAUGGGGAGGAAGAGGUCCAGUCACUGGCUGAUGACCUCACACCUUCGGUAGCCUCUGAUAACUCUGACAUCCUUCAGUGCCAUUUAAGAGCACAUUGUCUUACAUCCGGAGACAAAGACAUAUCAGUAAGCUCCUCCUCAGAAGAAGAUUCAGACAGUGCCUCCAUUCCUUCCAAUGACAGCCACAAGGACAUUAUGGUGGGCUCUCAGUACCAGGCCACUAUCCCACCCCUCAGUGUCUUUUCCCACCAGGAGAGAGCCUAUGAGAGUGAGGAUCAGCUGCUGUGGACCCCUGAGGUCCUGUCACCCUCAGACGUGGAGAAGUUUCUGCUCCUCGCGCAGAGACGAUGGGGUCAGGGGCGACAUGUGGACGCCAUGGCAACAGACAUAGUCAAGGACAACGAACAGGCGCUCUAUGAGCUUGUGAAAUGUAACUUCAAUGCUGAGGAGGCUUUGAGAAGACUACACUUUAAUGUUAAAGUUUUUAAUGAGGAGUUGUGUGCGUGGAGUGAGGAGGAGUGUAGGAACUUUGAACAUGGCUACCGUGUCCAUGGGAAGAACUUCCAUCUCAUUCAGGCCAACAAGGUACGCACACGUUCAGUAGGGGAGUGUGUGGAGUAUUACUACCUGUGGAAGAAGUCAGAGAGGCACGAGUUCUUCCUUCAGCAAACCACCAGGCUGGGGCGCCGGAAAUACAACAUGCCGUUGGGAAACAUUGACGAUGGAGAGCAGGAUGGAGAGGUCGUAGAGAUGGAAAGGAGCAGCAGCAGCAACUCGCACACUUCCACCGGCCAGUCCAACACACCCUCUCCCUCGCCAGACCUGGAGAAACAAGAGGAGUCACAGGGUCGUCCACGACGGAAGCGAACAGCGCGCUUUCUGUUAAAGCCCUGAGCAGACAACACUCACUGCAUGCACUGCAGGCAGGGCCGCACAGAUGCUGGGUGUGGAAUGGUUAUGAGAGAGCUGUGUGCCUCUUCGUGUCCCUGCUCCCCGCCUCAGGAGUCCGUCUUCAGCCCCUACCCUCCUCUCCCCUCUCUGGAGGAUCUGAGGGAGCCUCCUCCACCCUGCUCCGACUCCCUGUCCCCCCCUCAGUUAUUCCCUUCCUCCUACUCCCCCUCCUCCUCCCCCUUUACCUGCACCUCCACCAGCCACAGCUUCCCUCCCCACACCCCAGACUCCCAGCUCCCCGGUGCAGGCUUCUACCACCUGCAGCUGGGCUCCUACCUCCAGGAUGACCUCCCGUCAGGCUCGGACUGUGGCCAAGGCUCAGUGCCAGUCUCCAGUAGAAUGGAGGUGGACUUCUCCAUGCCACCGGUUUUGCCUCUGAUGCCUCCCACCCCGGGCCCUCCGUCCCCCUCCGCGUCCGUCACUGCUGAGUUUGGGGUCCUGGGGGGCUUUCCUCUCCCUCUGUGUCAUGCUCCCGUCCAGCACCCCCGCUCCCUCACACAGUGACCAACUACAGAGGUGGGAGGACUGCGGAGGUCUUCUCUCUCGAAUGUCCACAGAACACGUACUGUACUCCUGACGGACUGAUCCAGUUCAGUCCACAACUGUGCCAAGGGCAGAGACGAUCCCAUAAUUUAAGAUUUAUAGAGCAAGAGAACUUUCUACAUUGUUGAGGGGAUAAUGUGCCCCCAUCUGAACUCCGUUGCAGUCCCUGAAGCACAGGACUUACACAAGGGGAAGUCAGGCCCACCAGCUCUGCUGGAAGGUCUUGCAAGCUGACAUCAUAUCUGGAACACUGGUGCCCACCACUCCCCAGCCUAAUAACUUUGUUGAGCUGCUCUGACCUGAGCUGACCCCUUAAGAUGACCCCUUUGCCCCAGCAUCCCACCAAAGCGUUGACUCUUUUAUACCCCUCUUGCUGGGACACUUAUGUCUCUUGCCCCAUGUCAUCCAUGUUAGGACUGAAAUUCAGUCUGGCCUUUUGAACUUCUGUGUGAACAAAGACUCUAUUCCUAAGUGCACACCACUCUCCCUUGUAAAGAUCUUGUGAAGGUCUCGUAAAGAGUAUUUCCUUGUGAGUUUUAAUGUGAUUUUGUUUUGGGAGUGUUUUUGUAAGUGUGUGAGGAACUGGAAAAAAGCUUGUAAGAGUUAUAAGGUCUUUGCUCUGGAUGGAGUGUGUCAUUGUGACAUAGCAACACAUUUUAUUUAAAUUCAUUUUUACAUCUUUCCCUGUGCUUCCUUUGAUACAUAUUUUAUCUAUCUAUCCUGAUCUCUCUUGUAAGGUCAGAGUUUAGUCAUACGGUUUUCACACGAGCAGCCAUUUUGUGCAAUAAGAACCCCAAAGUCAUCAGGGAUUUAGAUCUGUGCUUUUGUUUAUUUGUUUGUUUGUUUUCAUAAACACAUGCUCAGAGGACCCCUUGCAAGAAUAUGCCACAGAAACAAACAUUGGUCAUACCUGUGUAUCUAUUUUACCUUUAAAUCUCCGAGGCUGGCUGUUUGACUGCAUAUAUGAAAUCAUAUGAAAUUGUUGUGCUGAUGCAAACAUGUGUUGCAGCAUCACAAUGGGCUUACUUCACCAACAGUGGACUGUGGUAAUGUUUUACGUGAAAGACAGACAAAAACUUAACAGGUGGCUAAGGUAGGAUAUCUUUGGACCAGGUCACUACUGAAUGGGCAUCUUGCUUGAUUGUAAGUCACCCGGUGCAGGGUUUGUUAUUUGUGGCCUGACUCUUUUGUCUUAAGACUGACUUUGGCCGGGUAAAGUAAGACCACCUCGGCCUCUGGCUCAGAACAUCACCUCCAAGUGCCAAUCACCAUCUCUCAAGUUCUGUGUUCUUAAAUCUUCACAGUCUCUCGACAUUUCUUACAAGCUCAGGACUAUGGUGGAGAAAACCUGCAUUUGAGUCUUGCACGUUGCAAAAAAGCAUUGUGAAUAGUGCAAAACUACUUGAUGAGGGUGCUGGUAAUGACACUUCCUGUCUAUCUUGGCCUGUGUCCAGACCCUUCUCUAUCAAUUCCAUCCAGAUGCGAGGGGGGAGAGUGGUUUGGCUGUCCUUGAUCCUGCCUGCUCAGAAUACCAGGGAGGCCCUCUAUGUAUCCCACCAUGUUUAUUUUUGCUAUGUAUUUCUUACCCUUCCACUCCUACUGUUCUGAUGAAUUGUCAUUAUUGAGUUUGUUUACUUCUUACAGGAGGUUCAGAAAUGUAUGUUGUUGAAGAGGCUGAAAGGGAGUAAAACACUGCCUUUGUUUAUUCUUUUGUAAAAAAACAAAAAACAAAAAAAAAAACAAUUUAUAUCGUAUCACUUCUGUUAUGUUAAUUUGUUGUUAUAAUUAUUGUUAUAUUUUGUAAGAAAAUAAUUGAAAUGACAAAAUUAACAAGUAAAUACAUUAAACGUA